CCUCCUCUUCCCUGCCCUUCCUCUUGCCGAGACCACGAUGAUGUCCAUCGUGGACCCCGCCCCCUCGCCCGACGACUUCGGGAAGGCCGUCUCCCCCGAGGAGCUGCGGCGGCUCCGCCGCACGAUCUCCAACCGCGAGUCCGCCCGCCGCUGCCGCCUGCGGAAGCAGCGCCGCCUCGAGGAGCUCCGCGAGUGGGCGAGCGUGCUCCGGUCCGAGAACCGCGACCUCUCGGGUCGGCUCGUCGGCAUCGCCAGCCGCUGCCUCCUCGUCCACCGGGACAACAACCGCCUUCUCGCCGAAGUCUCCGCUCUCGGCCGGCGGCUCGCCGACCUCCGCCGCGUGCUCGCCCUCCGCCACCUCCGCCGCUUGGCGGCGCCGCUUCCCCUCGCCGGCGACUAUUUCGAACAAGCUUGGGCGUGAGAACUUAUUACCAAGACAGCUGCCGGUUUCCGGUUUCUUUUACUGGCUGGAAAUUAGCGAGUGCGUUGGGUGUCGGAAUCACCCGGUGGAAUUAACCGACGCUUAAAGGCCUCAUUUAUAUAAAUCAAAGUGAAUCCAUCCGUCCAUUUCUCUAAA